AUGAAAUUCAGACCGACAACGGGAGGGAUGCUGAGGAAGGAUAAGAUGGGGGAAAAGGGACAGGCAGGAGAUACGGAGAGAACUUCUUGCCGCUAUUACGAUGGAUUGAAGAAAGGAACUUGGAGCACUGAAACUUUCAGCAUUACCAUUAUAACAACCACAAGCUCUGUAAUGAGGAAAGUUUGCAGAUUAUCCAGCAAGGUGAAAGGAAGGUAA